AUGAGCGCAUCACUACUAUCCAGGUUGGAAACAGCAGAAACAUCAUGCGACCGCACCAUGCUGCUUGAUGAACUUCGUGCCACUACGGUCGAAUCUCCGGAUCGCAUAGCUCCAUUCAUGCAUUUCAUUCAAAGUGCAUUCACUGAUCUUUCGCGUCCAAUUCGAAUUUUGGCUUAUCAAUGUGCACUGAAUUACAUCUCCUCGAAUCCAUCUAUGAGUGUUCAUUUCAUGAGCGCUUACUCUGUCGCGUUGUUACACAGAAGUGCCGAUAUCAGCCUGCACGCGUUAUCAUUUCUGUCAGAAUUCAUAACCGCAUCUCGAUGCAUUUCAGGAAAUUUACUUAGUGCCGCAGCUAUCGCCGCCAAUCGAUGGCCGUCACCAGAAUCGGUGACCGAUCUUUCACGUGCAGUAACAGCAUGUGCUAAUUUUCGAUGCGCUGAUCUAGAAGAAAAUAACAAUUCCCAGGCUAUGAAAUGA